UAUUUACACUAUUAUUCCCAUAAAAUUACCGCUAUUUCUGUAUGUGCAAAGCGAAGUAACACAACGAAACACAGCAGAGCAGGAGGGAGGAUCGCCUCACAGGACAAGACCGACAAAGCAAAAUAGGUGUGGCGUGACUGAGUUCUCAUUUGAAUGACACCAAGUUGGACCAAUCAAAUUUGACAUUUUGUAGAACCAGCCAAUAGGAUGCAAAAGGGGCGGGAGUGAACGGUUGCGACGGUAGUAACGUCAGUUGUAAACAGAAGUUUGAAUCCGUGAAGCGGAAUAUGGCGAUACUACUGAAAAUACAGAACAAACUUAUAUUAUUAUUAUUACUAUUAUGAUUUUUAAAUCGUACUGAAUUAAAAGCAUUUCAUUACGUUAAACGAUAGGCUAGUUAGAGAGCCAGGUUACUUUUAAUUCAACAGAAUGAGUCAGCCGAGAACUAGCAAAAGGAGUGAAAACAAGCACAAGUGUGGAUUUAAAGAUGGAGAAAAUGCAUUAAAGAGCAAAACAUGGAGAAAAACGAAGGAAAUGAGAGUUUUAGCGGAGAGAAACCCGGCUGUUGUGGCAGUAGGAGCGUGGGUCGAGACUGCAGAGGAGAACCAGGAACAUCCAGCGGUCCGUGCUUUGAUCACAGAAGAGUUGCAGGAGGAGACCCGUAGAGAGAAGGAGGAGAGUCUGCGGCAGUUUCAGGAUGCAGUACGCAGACGCGUAUCCCAGCAGGCUCGAAUACGUAAACAGCAGCAGCUGCAGAAAUCCUAUGAAACGGCUGAAAAAGAAUGUCAAGUUGUGCAGCAGACCAGCGACUCAGCCCAGCGUCUCACACCUCAGAAGAGUCUGUUUCAAUCCUGCCCACAAAGGGAACUAGCCAUCUGCAGCCCAAGUGCACACUGGCUCAUGGAUCAGGAGCACAACGGGCUCAGAACUGAUGCUGCUAAUCAGCACAGUCCUCAGCUUAGCAAAGUCAUGAAGCAGGUGAGACUCCGACUGGCUUCACGUCAAACCCUCAGAGACGACGAGCACUCAUCCGAGCUCCCAGGAGGAAUCUGGAAAGCGUCUUCAGUCAGAGAUCCCGGGUCACAUGCUGGGAGAGCGCUGACGGGUGAGGAGGAGCAGGAAUCUGACGAAGAACUAGGAAAGGAAGACGAGAUUCCGUUGGCGGGGCAGCACGAUCGACCCGUUUCUGUGCAGAGCCACAGUCGCAAGACGGUGACGUUUGAGAAAGAUGCGGUUUUUGCAAGACUGAAAGAAGCGAAUCCCACAAAUCCAAACCCACACUUCAGAUCCACUCAGGUUCUGUGGCCUAAAGACGACCAAGAGGAGAUGAAGAGACAGAGACAGUCCCAGUUCCUGAUGUAUCGCCGACUCUUCAUGGACAUUGAGCGAGAGCAGGUGAAGGAGCAACAGCAGCACAAGAAACACCUGAGAAGAAUCGCCAGAAUUAAGUCUGAGAAGGAGCAGCAGAGGGAGGAGGAGGAACGAAGAAUGGAGUUUAUCCGGCGGCAAGAGGAAAGCAGGAGGGAGCUGGCUGAGAGAGAACGGCUCGUUCUGGAGAGGCUUCGGCUGGAGGAAGAGGAGCUGGAGGAGGACAAGAGACGGGCAAGAGCCAAGAAAGUUAAAGAGACCACGAGGUACGUCGAGGCCCUGCGGGCACAGAUGAAGGAGAGGCUGGAGCAGGACAAAGUGGAGCUUCCUCCCCUCUGCUCAUGUGGGGAGAGUUUUUGGGAUUCGCACCCUGAUACCUGUGCCAACAACUGCAUCUUCUACAACAACCCAAAAGGUUAUGCUCAGGUGCUGCAUUCGGUCCUGCUGAGCUGUGAGUUAAACGAGGGCAGCGCUGGAUACAGCAGAGGCUUUACACGGAAGAUCAUUCACACACUGUCGCACCAGAACUGACCGUGUGUUUCUGAAAUAUCACUACAAAUUAGCACCAGGCGUAUUUGUAUGUUAAAAUAUGGGUUUAAAUAUUAUUAAUAAGAUUUUAUACUUGAAUUUCUGCUGUUAUUGUAUUAUUUUGGUUGCUUUAUAGUCCGGAUUUUAAAAUAUUAUUUGAUACUGUGAUGAUUAAAGGAUUGUGAAUGAAGGAAUGAAAUAAAAGUGUGAUGUGCUUUA